AUGGCGCCAAUAGAAAAAAAUGGCGCGCAAAGAACGCCACUAAUAUUCGGAUGGAAUCUACCGAAACCAAACACCAAUGAUCUCCUAAGAAUCAUCAAAAUUAUAGAAAGCGUAGGAAUCUCAUUCGUAUCACUCAAUCUCAAUUCGGCCAAUGAUGACGAACAAGAUACUUUCGUACCAUUAUGUGGAAGUGAUCUAGUGCUCACAUACAACUAUUGGAGCCAGAGGAUAGUCGCAAGAAUCGACAAUAUCGGUGGUGCUUUCAAAGCAUACAUGGAAUGGGCUGCAUACUUAGGACUAAGAGCCGUGUGUAUACAUUGUGAACCAAUAUUCAAACAAACAGAAACUAUAAACGAACAACAUGAGCUUCUUGCAAACCUCGCACAACAACUCAAGGCAUACCUCCACUCCCCAAAUAUGCCAUCCGUAUGCAUUUCAUUUGCAGCAAAUGAUGCUGCAUGGGGGUACUGGAGCGCAAUACAUGAAAUGACAAACUAUUCUGCACAACUCAGAGUAGCAAUAGUACUAGACCAAGAUAAUCACCAUCAUUUGGAAAGAUGGGUAGCAGAACCUUUAUCAGCAGUUAUACUCAAGGAAUCGGCAUUCGAAAGAAAUGGAGAUAGAGUAUAUCUAAAUAGAGAACUCGUACCAUAUCUACAAUUUCUAUUCAAAUAUGACGUCAAAGUUAUGUUAAGUGGAGAAUUCAAUUUCAAACUUCUAAGAGAUGCCAGCCAGUUGAGAAGUUCAGAUUCACUGGAACUUAUCACACUCAAGGAUCUCGACACACCACAAAUGGUUGAUGGUAUCGCAAUCAAAGAGGCUAUUGCAGCUGUCAAAGCUAUAUAUGCUGCAUUAACGCCACUCACAGAAGCCGAACAGUUCAAAACGGGGUUCCUAGAUGUACUACAGGAACCACUGCAACCUGUACGUGACAAUCUAGAAACAGCUAUUUACGAAAAUUUCGAAAGGUGUACCAGAAAAUAUGCACAGUUCGAAGAAGCAAUCACAUUAUGGCUCAAGGACUUCAAGGCAGGAACAUUGCCACAUCAAAAAGAUAAUCAGACACAAUCGAACGACAGACCGGUAAUAUACAUUGUCGGAGCUGGAAGGGGACCUCUCGUAGAUUGCAGCCUCAGGGCGCUAGCACACAACAACAUCGAGGACUUCUCGAUAUACGCAUUGGAUAAAAAUCCAGCGACGGUUUUCACACUCAAACACAAAAUUGCUACCAACCCCAUAAAUGGAUGGAACAAGGUCAAACUUAUUUUUCAAGAUAUGCGCACGUUGAAACCCACAGAACCCGCCGACCUAGUACUCAGCGAACUUAUGGGAUCAUUUGCAGACAAUGAACUCGCACCGGAGUGUCUAGAUGGGGUGCAAAAUGCAUUCCACUCACACUUCCCAGGACAUCAUGUCACAUUCAUGCCAAACAGCUAUAUUUCAUACGUCGAACCCAUAUAUUCGCCUAAACUGUGGGGGAAUCUAAAUUCUAUUCAAUUGCAAAGACCUUUCCAACAACCAUACACAGUGGCUUUGUACAAAAAUUGCAAAAUCGCUGAAAAACCAAAACCAUGCUUCAAAUUUCAACAUCCUACCGACCCUGUUUAUAAAUGGGCAAAUGAUCAAGUCCCUGUGCGAGGGUUAUGCUUCAAUAGCAACGAUCACAACAAUCGCUAUGCCUGCAUUACCUACCAAGCUAAAUUGGAUACUUUUAUACAUGGUUUCGCAGGAUAUUUCGACUCAAUGCUAUACAACGAUAUCAAAAUGUCAACAGUGCCAGGGGUUAUGGAUGACCAAAUUAGCUGGUUUCCCAUAUUCUUCCCACUCGUCGCACCAGUAUACGUGAAGGAGGGACAACCCAUCAUGAUACACUUUUGGAGGAAACAUGACAAACGACGUGUGUGGUACGAAUGGGCCCUAACUCUACCCCAAGUUACCAUUGUGCACAACUCCAAUGGUACUUGCCACUCCGUCCUCAGAUAA